AUGGCACCUGAAGUCAUUAAACAAUCAGGGUAUGACUUUAAGGCUGACAUCUGGUCUCUGGGAAUAACUGCAAUCGAACUUGCAAAGGGCGAACCUCCUUACGCGGAUCUUCAUCCAAUGAAAGUUCUUUUUCUUAUUCCCAAAGAUCCUCCACCUUCUUUAGAGGAUAGCCUAUAUUCUAAACCGUUUAAAGAAUUUGUCGCUUUAUGCUUAGACAAAGACCCAAACAACGAUGUAGCAGAUACAGAUUGGGAAUUUCCAAAUUCAGGUUCUCCUACGUCAUCAGAUGAUGAAACUUACUCUGGUGAUAAUUCCACAAUUGGACCAGCUAAAGGAAAACAGACUAUGGUAUCAAAAGUUAAGAACUCUGGCUAUGACACUAUAAAAUAUGCUAACGCGGCAAGUGUGGAAUAUUAUGAUGAUGCUGAACAAAACCAUGUUGAAAUCUCUCCUGUGAGUGGCCCAGCGGUGUUCGAUGAGGUUAUUGUACCUUCAAUAGAAAAUCUGCGCCAAAAUGCGCCAUCCAAAAAAGCCCAGCUCACGCUUGAUAUCUUGAAAAAGGCUUUUGAGGACGCAGAAAGAGAAGAUCCUGGUAUAUCUGAAAAAAUUAUGAAUGCUGUGUUCCAAAAAUAUGAUGAGAUGACACCUUGA